UGUAAUUAUUCCCAAGGCUCGACUGGCUCCAAAACUCUUCAAGACAUUUUCAAGAGUUGUCUGUAUGGCGACAGUUAACGGGCAGACGAAAGCUGGCUACCCCUCGAUCAGAAAUGGCGAGGAAAGAAAAAACAACAGCCGCAGAGUCACUGAUUGCUUGUCGGAUUUGGAUCUGCGACAGAUUGGGAAGAAAUGACAAGGAUCGGAUUUUGCCGAGAUGAAGGAGACGAUCGCCGGGGAGAUCUCGAUGAGGCUAGCGACGGAGGCAACAUCCCUGGGGUCUUAAUUACCCGGGAGCUGUCGUCACAGUAGAGGGGAUGACUUCUAGCGUACUCCUCGAGGCUGCUUGUCACUGGUGCGUGAUCAAGACAGAAGAUACAAGAACCAACAUGGAUUUACCCGAGAACGCGUCCGAGGAGAUCCAGACCACCCCUGGCGACUUAGAGGGGGUUAACGCCAUCUUAUGGGACUGGUUCUCCAUCGUGCAGCUGAUCUUGGCUCUAACGGGCCUCUUUGGCAACGUCCUGGUCAUCGCGGUGUACCUGAGGAAGCUACGUGUGCGCAGCAACUCCAACAAACUGAUCGCCCUGCUGGCGCUGGCGGAUCUCCUGACGUCCGUGGCUGCCAUCCCGCUGCCUUCCCUGUCCAUCGUGCCGUUGACGGCCAGCGGGAGCGCCUACUGUAAGCUGAUCCAAUCGAAAGUCAUCAUGUGGAUCUCCAUCGUGGCGUCGAUCUUCACGCUCACUCUCCUGUCUGUGGAGCGUUGCUUUGCCGUGGUGUACCCGAUCAAGCACAAGAUCGUCUUCCGCAAGGCCAGAAUUAAGUACUUCGUGGCCGUAGUCUGGGUGGCGGCCGUCGUUGUGAACUGUGGGAGCUUCUACAUCCCGGAUGUGGGCCGGCAGAACAGUUGCGUCCUGAUGUGGCCCAGUCCGGCCUACCAAGCGUUUCACGGACUCGCCCUCUUCAUCUUGGAGUUCAUCGGCCCUGUGGCCGUCAUGGUGGUGUCGCACUACCUCGCCGUGAAGGGACUCAAGAGGCAAGCCGUGUCCCUCCUGCAGCGGAACAAUUCCACCACCUCCCCGGCCUACUCGCUGCUGCAGUCCCGCGGUCGGGUGAUCCGCAUGGUCCUCAUCGUCGUGGUCACCUUCAUCAUCUGCUGGGCUCCGGACCAGGUCGGCUUCCUGAUCCUUAACCUCGGCGGCCUGUCGCACGAAUAUUUCAACAGCCUCACCUACCGCGCCUUCACCGUCCUGGCCUUCCUCAACUCCUGCAUAAACCCCGUCAUCUACAUCGGGCUGAACAAGAACUUUCGGGUUGCCGUGGUCCAGUUCUUUCCCUGCGCCAGGCGAAAAGUUGGGACCACCCCAGAGGAGGCGACGGGUACCGUCCACCUGCCCAAUUCGGCGGGGCGCGCGGCCAGCGGUAGCGGUCCGCCAGCGGCGUCUCCCGACAACAACCCCGGGCCAAUUUUCACCAUUCAUUCCAACAAACAAGUCAAGAAAAAUGCCUCCUCUAACAUAUGUGUCGAAUCGUGUUCCUAAAAGAAGGUAUUGCUCAAACUGUAAGAUCAACUUGUUCCUGCCCAGCAUUACAAAAUAUCGCAAGCUUUGCUGAAAGUUUUUUCUCGAAAAAAUUCGUCGCUUUGAAACUUGACACCAAACCACUCUGAGUGAGUAUGCAUGGUUAGAUGUUAUCAUUCCUGAGGCGCACCAUCUUCACUCGAAGAAGCAAACUUACUUCACGUGAAUGUUGCACAUGUAUAUCAUGCACGAGAAUUAUUGCCCAAAAAUGGAGGGUCAAUAUGUAAAACCAAAGAUUUCGAUCCCAGUUUCUAAUGAGUCUACUUUCCGUGAGUUUUCCCACAGGCGAAACCCUUGCAGUCAUCAAAGAAACAGGUUGGAAUUGUGUUUCGAAUGGAUCUGGUUAAUUUCCUUCCUUGCCUUUCCUAGAGAAAUGUAUCAACUCGAUAGCACGAAAGCAAAAACUUAUACAAAUUAAAAGUUAUUGAUGUCUUUGAAGACAAGAGUUCGUCGUUGAUCCACUGGUCGGUGUGUGAUAAACGGAAAUGUUUUUCCUCGCAGCUUUUUAAAAAGUUUAUCAAAUGUUAAAUUUUCCUCUUCAUUUUCUUUUAACUUGCUGUUUUUUCCAAACAUUUAUGAUAGUAUUUUGCAUAUCCUCAUUUUGUGCCUUUAAUCUUGCCAUUUUCUUUCAACAAACCUGCUAAUUUGACUCUUUUUUGUCCUUUCGUGCAUCUGUCAAAUGCAGAAGGAAAUGUUAAACUUGAUUCAGAUUGUGUUGGGGUGGACAAAGACAGCACUUUAUGAAAGUGUCGCGGUUUCUGAUUAUGAAGUGUCCUAUUGUGUUGUGGAGCGCCACAUUUUUGACGGCGUUAUAAUGAUCAUUUUUAGUAAUGAGCACUGCAUCAUUCCGUGCCGAACAUACUUUAAAAAGAUUUCCUUGUUUAUUAGCUUUUUUGGUCUAAAAUCUUUGAAAGAAUUGUCACAAUUUGAAGUUUGAGGUUGAUCAAAUUUCAGAAGGCGUUACUGUUACGUUUGAAAACUUUGCAUGAUUCCAUAAGCCAAAAAAAAAAGCCAGAACGGCGGAUCGGGGACGCCGAACGAAAGCAGUAGCUAAAAGAACAUUCGAUUAUACUAUCGUUGUCAGUAACCGCUGUUUUGGUCGGCGUCAUUUAUCGUUGGCGGGCACAGCUUAAUUAAAGUGAAACGAAAGCUGAUUUCAAGGGCAGUCCUUUGAAGGCAGUCACACGUGAGCAGAGUUGUUUUGAUUGGCCUGACUGUGCUCUUGAUAGCUUCUAAUAUUAAUCGGAAAAGUGCCCUGCAGAAUCAAUGAAGCAUUCUCGUGUCAAAAAUUGGUCAUUGUGUUCAUUGCAUUUAAUUUCCUACUUCGACCCGAGGAAUUUGAAUCGUAUUAAGACUGUCCUUUCAAAUGCCUCUUUGUGUCCCACUUAAUUUUAUAUCGUCGGUUAGUGCUAAAAGGUCAUUACGGCAAAUAUCUAAUUUUUGAAAAUGAGUGCUUUAUCCUGAGCACGAAGAAACACUUUAUUGAAACAGACAACAUUUUCCUUUAUUUAUAAAACUAGUUUCUUGGGGCCAAUAUAUUUUAAAGUUCCACCAAUUUUAGUGCAAUUUUUCACUAAGGACCUUUUAGCACUGACACGACGAAUUGUACAAAUGGUUGCAAGUUUCCAUGGUAUUUUGGUGUAUUUUGUAUUCUUGUAAACUCUGAUAAUUUAACUGCAUGCCAUUAGUUAAUACUCACGUAAUCACUAAUUAAUUAGUCUCGAGCACGAUGUGAUAUCAUGCACGGCAGGAACAGUGUCACGCCCGUUGUCCUAAAAUUUGCCAGACCAUGGGAUCUUUCAUUUGCUUUCGACGUUUUCAUGAGAAAAGUUGGGUUUUAACGUCGAAGAGAAAUACAUACAAACCGAACAGUGUCUUUCUGCAUGAUAUCGAACAACAUCGCCGUCGUCUCUCCCUUGGAGAAACCUGGACAACGUUAAAUGUUUAAAGACUGCACUUUCCAAAACACCCACCCGCAGAAGAUUGAACAAGAGUAUAAAUUUGUAUAAAAUGUCCGUGUCAGAAGAGAAAUCAUCACGUGGACUUCUUGAUAACUACUCUGCAUUCGUUAUCGAGCGCCAUUGAUCCAUAGCGCAAGUGUGCCGUAUGUUGACCUGCACGAUGCCCGUUGUCUAUACAGUCGAUAUUGUUCGUGUCGGUAAUACCAGCAUAUUCGUCAGAGUCAGUGUUGUUAAGCUGUAAGCGGCAAUGAAACUAAAUUACCAAUGCAUGCUUGUUUGGACUGUGCAAAAAUACAUAUACAUGGAACUUUGUAAUUCGUUUGCGAAUGUUAUUAAAGUAAAUGGACCAUAAACUCUGAACUGUUAUCUGGUUGUGAGUUGGUCAGUUGUGUGGGUCUGUCAAAACACUGCCGACUCUACAAGUUAUAAUGAACCAAAUUACAAAAGGUUGUAUUAUUUCGCUAUUUUGUGGAUUGGCGGCUACUUGUAUUAAGAUGUGUACAUACUUUCAAUUUCUUUCCCACGAUUACUAGAGACUUCACUUUCAAAA